GCAGAAAUAGAACAAUAAGAAGUAGAGCAGAGUCCAGAUGACAGGGGAUGUCGCUUCUUCAUGCAAAAUAUUUCUUUUUCUGGACUUCAUUUCUCUCGAGUAAAGAAAGACUGCUGUGCUGGGUUGGAGAAGCCUAAGUGUUUUCUAGAUGCAGCACUGCAGAGCAGAAUGAGCAAGAGGAGGGGGAGGAACAGCCGCAGGAGGAGGAGUUCCUGCAGCAGUAAACAAAGCAACACCACAUCCAGCUCCCAAAACCAUAUGAAGAGUCCACUGGACAAUGUGGUUCAAGCAGACGAAACUACGGAAAAAGGCGAGACGGAUUCAUUCUGUAAGGAAAAUAAUUUGUCAGAUCAAGAGGAAAAGGAGCAGGAAACUCCACGCCAGGACAAUCUGUUCAGACGUGCGAGCUACGGAGAUCUGUAUGGAGAUACAAAGGUGAAAAUGAGCCUUUCAGAUGGAGUGGAUAAAGACAAAGGUCUAAAGAUCACUCACUCAGUGACUAUUGACGAUUUUGGAAGGUCUGCUCCCAAAAUCAUCUUCCAGCGGUCUCACGAGUCUGCAGCAGGAGAAAUAGUGAGCAGUGUGAUAGCGGUCACGACGGCCAAGGUUAAGUGUGUGAGCUCCAGUGUGAGGCUUGAGAUCAAUGAAGUGGUCCAGUCAGAGGAUUCAGACUUCAAGACCACUCUUGUUCUACAAAGUGAGCAGGGAAAGGCAACAGAGGCUUGUUUUCAGAGUCAAAAAGUUGAAACGGCAGGUUCUUCCCAAGCUUACCCCUCUUGGAGCCAGUGCACAACUGGUUAUAACCAAAACGCCAAACAACACUGUGAAAAUGUGAGCUAUAAGGUUAGCAUUGCAGAACUGAAGACGGACGUUAAGGAUAUGUCUUGCAAUCCAAGUUCACUAGGCAGCCAAGACGAGAUUGACUGCUGCAAAAGCUGCUGCAAGGAUCACUUCUGUGGCCACAGUGCUGGAGGUUUCACCGACACUGAUUUCACACUGGUGGAUGGAUCAUCUACCUGCUCAUCGCCUAUUGGUUUCUGGCUGCCACAAAGGCAGCUGUCCCUACCGGAGAGCUUAUGCAACGAGACAUUGUGGGAUAUCCCUCCACCAAUUGAGUUUGCAGACAAAGAAAGUGAUGUACUUCAGAAUUUAACACACAAUGUAGAAUCAUGUCAGAUACACGAUGAUGUGUUCAAAGAGCCGGGGAACCCAUGGAACAAAGACACUGGCAAGUGCCAGCUUGACUUAGACAAUGACGAAAGUAGGUUUAAACCAGUGGGUUGUGAUCAAUUUGAUCUAGAAGGUCAGGAACACUUGUACACCAGGACUCCUGUUAGCAGGUCGUCUUUCACUAAAAACUUCAUCGAAAGUCAUGAAGGAAAGAUGCGACUGCGCAACAACAGCAUUGCCAUUUUGGAAACCAAGACUCAAGCAAAUAGCUACAUGGAAGUGCCAACAAAAAGGCGAAGAACCUUCCCAGGCGUGGCAUAUCCAUUAAAUCAAGCCAGAGAAAGCAUACCUUCUUGCAGAGAGUCAUUUUCCUCUGGCACACUCUCUUCAUUUUUCAUGCGGUCGCUACCUUCUCAAGCAGAGAGAACAGCUAGGUUCUAUGUAGACGAUGACAGGCUAGGACCUUUCGAAAGAGAGAGUCGUAAAUCGUCAAGUAGCAGCAGCUACAGGCCAAGUUCUUGCUCCAUCUAUGGACAAGAUAACAUCAAGGCUUACAGCACAACAAAAAACCCAUUUUACCCAACAAGGUCUGAUGAGACGUCUGAGGAUGUAUUCCUGAAGAGUGGUCAAGAAGACCCAGAAGAUCCAGAAGCAGAGGUCGGGGAGUUGAUGCGAUCAGCCGGAAGAUCCAACACGAGGAGCUCCUCGGCAGGCCCGCUGGAACAGAGCGAGGUGACCGAAAGUGGUUUCGACGAGGAGAUGGUUGAGAUGGAGGAGACCAGUUUAAUAGGUCUGGCUGAGGACUUCUUUCAGAACAACCUGCUUAUCCAGGUCAUCCCACCUUCACCUUACAACUCUGAAGAACACAUCUGUGAUGGAGCCCCCCAAAGCAGAACCAAAACUCAAACAUAUGAAGACCAAGAAGUUGUUGGUUGCCAAAAGAAGCGAAGUGGCUCGGUGAUGACCAUCAUUAUUGGUGCACAUGAGCAGAGAUUCCUACAGAACAGCUCAGCAAGUGGGUCGAUGAGUGAAGAUAUUUCACAGAAUAAUCAGCAAGAAUCUGCAGAAUCAGCCACGGAAACUUGCAGUGCCAUGUCUGAGCCAGUUUUGGCCUCUCCAUCAGAGCAGCUGGAUGUUGAGAAACAGUGCAUGGAGGAAUCUAACCCGCCAUCCGACCAACAAAUGACAAGCGUCUCCUCAUGUUGUCCUUCAGAAAAUCAGACAGAGACACCUUUAGAGAUGAACCCUGCAGAUGUGCUGGAAAUGCCCAAUGAAGAUGUUCCAGCAAAAAGAAUCCAGAAUUAUCGAAGACCAAGCCGAGAAGAAGCAAUGGCAUCAAACAGAGGCAGACAAACAAGCAUGGGUAUCCGUCGGACGUCAAAGUCUUACCAGUCAGACAUGGCUGAACGACAGUCUACCCCUAAAUCACUGGACUUCAGGGAGCAUCUGAAGCCCCCAGGAGACUGCGCCCUCAAAGAUUCAGAAGAAAAUUCGGACCACUGGGCAAAGAAACGGAAGCUGUUCAAGGAGACCAAACAGUGGAGUUCUGCAGGAGGAAGUUCCAUAACAAGCAACAUCACAGAGGAAUCAGACACAGUGAAUUCAGAAGAUGCGCGGUCAGUGGACAUGUCUAUUGAAGACAGAGGUUUUUACACCGAGACGUUUCACUCAGCAUCCUGGAUUUAUCGAGGAGAUGAUGUCAACCCAACUGAAACCGCUCAGGGUCUUAGCAAUCGGCCGCACCCUGUAGCAGUUCGGGAGCGAACUGUAAAAAUCAACAAAGGACUGGGAGAGUAUCCGUGGGGUUUCAGGAUUCAGUUCUCCAAACCAAUUGUCGUCACUGAAGUUGAUACAAAUGGAGCUGCCGAGGAGGCGGGGCUACAGGUCGGGGACUACGUUUUGGCAGUUAAUGGCACCGAUGUCACGAGUGUGCCACACUCUGAGGCAGCUGACCUCGCUCGGCAAGGCCCUGAUCUUCUGACUUUGACCAUUGGUUCUGACAUUGGCCGGACCCCUAACACCCCCAGGCCUGCCUGCAGAGGCUACCUUCACAAGCGCACCCAGUCAAGUCUGCUGAAGGGCUGGAGGAAGAGGUGGUUCGUGCUGAGGCACGACUGCUGCCUUUACUACUACAGAAACAAAAGAGAUGAAGGAAAAAGCCGAGCUCUCUCGGCUAUGAAGCUGGAAGGCGCCGUGGUGGAGGCUGACUCAAGCCUGGGGAAGCCCUUCGUGUUCAAAUGCUGUCCUGUGUCUGGAACCCGAGUUUACUACUUCUGUGCUACAUCAAACCAAGAAAUGAGAAGGUGGUUGGAGGCCAUGGAGCGAGCAGUUCACCCCAUCACUCAGAAUCACGUGUGGGUGGACGUAACUCGGCACAACUCAAACAUGCCUCCUCUGGCUGUCAAGAACCCAGAAUGCCUUGGCUUGCUUCAUCUGCUGGACAGGAGCAAAGACUCAUGGGUACAACACUACUGCAUCUUAAAAGACGGAUGCCUCUACUUCUACGGCAGCAUUCGAUCCACCUACGCAGUUGGGGGGAUCUACCUGCAUGGCUACCUGGUGAGGGAACAGCCUUUAGGAUCCAAAAGAUCCACCAUCGAACUCAAACCCCCAUCUGAGGAGUUCAAGGUCUUCCACCUGUGUGCUGAAAACGCCAAUGAAAACAAACGGUGGAUCGUGGCGAUAAAGGCAUCAAUAGGGAAAUGGCUCCCUUUGCAUCAGGCCAUUCAAGACUACAUGAGUCGCCCCCCUGAGGCCACCAGAAUGUGAGCAGCUGAACCCUAAACCGAUUCACCUGAUCGAAUGUAUCAAUAUUACUAUUGAUUAUUCAAACUGACUAGGUCAGGGGAAAUGUAUAUCGUCGCUGUCCAAUGAAAAGCUCCAAAACAGCAACUUUACAGGAGAGGGAAAAAACCUUCUUCAAUUUCAAUGGAAGUCAAUGUAAAAAAAGUUUAUUUCAGGUCAUUUUGAAGAGUUUCUAUUGGUCUGUUCAUCAAGAAAUUUUGGCACAGUGUAAGGGACAGUUUGUCUGUUCAAGUUAUGUAGUAAACUAAAAAUCGAUAAAAAUGGAGAUAAGUGUUUUUCAUAGGACAGCGACGAUAUAUAUAUAUAUAUAUAUGGAAACCGAAUUGAUCUGUAUUAUAUAUGUAUAUAUGUAACUGUACUAGUUACACAAAUACUAUUUAAAAGAAAUGUAUUUUUAAACUGACAGUCAGAUUGUAUGUUAUGAUGCUGCUUUGUAUUUUAUAAUUAGCUGAAGGACAGAACUGAGUAAUAAGCUGUUCACUGCUGCAGGCUGCUGUGUUUAGAGGAGCUGCUGCUGAGCUCAGUCUUAUGCUGAUCUUCUACUGUUUUUUUACUCUCUUCUUUCAUACACACAUUUUUGCUACAUAUUUUGUAGAAGAUUGAAAUAAAAACCUUUUUGUAUGCA